GAAUUCUUCCUUCGACCAAAACAUCGUCAUAUACCAGAUUUGUAUAUUAUAAAUGUUAAACACACUGAAAUGUGUGUAUAUUUUUAGACGCUACAGAAUCCAAUACACAAGAGGGACUAUUGUUGGACGCACGUGGUAUCCACGAGUAGAUAGUAAAAAAAUCCACGUGGUCCUUCUUAAAGAUACAUUAGGUUUGGGAUAUAAAGGUCAGAUUGUGGAAACUACCAGAGGUCACGCAAAUUACUAUCUUAUACCCGAAGGAAUAGCAGUUUAUGCAAAUUGGCAAAAUAUAGACCUGUAUGCAGACCCUAAACUAAAUUCCAUCCGUGAUAUAAAUGACGGAAAAAUCGGAUUCAAUACAACGACUUCACGACUUUCAAAACACAGUGAUAUAUUCAUCGGAAACACUCUGAAAUUAAAUUUUACUGUGCCAACGCUUAUACAUAGCACACAAGUCCUCUGUUCACCUAUGCCACUUUCUAAAAUAUUGGAUGUAUUCGCAAAACAGCAUCACAUCGAUAUACUACCAUCGCAAGUUAUAAAGGUAAAUAUACAAGGUGGAGAGCAGUUGGAGUUUGACAACGAUGAAAAAAACUUUUACAACAUAGGGAACUAUGAAAUAUUUACAAAGUUUCCACUCUGUAAAAAUGCAGAGAAUAUCCUAACCUUUGAGUUAGAAAUCAAAGCAGUGGAUCUUAAUGAGAAUAUUAACGAUGAUUCUAAUGUAGAGUCAAUUAAAUUUCAACUACCACAAUAAGAUAAUUAUCGUAAUUGCUC